UUCUUUUUUUUUUCUCUCUUUAUUCGUCAUUCUCUGUAGUCUGUUCAUUCAUUCUCUCCUUCUCCUUCUCCUUCUCCUUCUCCUUCUAUAUCUGGCGAUUGUUCUGCGAUUUUCUUUGAUUUUUGCUGCGAAUUUUUCUGCGAUCUUUUGCCACGGUUUUUCUGUGGGGUUCUUCAUUGAUUCCACUCCUUAAUCAAGCUGACAUGGAGGAGGGUAAGGGUGUAGCCGUUACAUCAUCAUCAUCUUUGGCAGACGCUCCCGUUCCAGAUAAUGCAAAUGUCGUUGAACCAUUGGCUACUGACAAUGGAGGUAGCUUAUCAGAUGAUGGAAUUUGGUUGACUGACUGUGAUGAGGAAGCAGAUGAAGCAUUUUAUUUAAAUAGGGAAGGGAAAAGGAGACAUGAGGAAUUCUAUAAUGCUGGAUAUCGAGAUGGUUUAUCAGCCGGAAAAAAUGAUGCUGCUCAGGAUGGGUUUAAUCAGGGUUUUAAGGACUCUGUGAUGAUUGGUUACAAGUGGGGCAUUAAUAGGGGGGUAACCAGUGCCUUAGUUCAUAUCCCGAAUGAGCUGAAGCUGAAACUUGUUGGAACUGAAGAAAAGAAAAAAGAGUUUCAGAACUUGUAUGAAGCUGUGGAUUCAAUUGGAACAGAAGAUGCAUUGAAGCUCUUCUAUGAUGAUAUCCAACGAGGUAAAUCAGUUGAAAGAAAGAAAACUGUUGAGUCUGAUUCCUCAAUCUCCCAUCCAAGUGGUUCCGAACAUGGUGAUUUGGAAAGUUAUUUUGAAAAGCUAGACCUACUGCUCAGAGAAUCUCCCGAGGUUGAUGUGCAUCUGGAAGUAAAUAAAAACAGAGUGUCUUAAGGUUGUACACUUAUAGUUACAUUAUAUAAGUUGAAAUUGGCUUAUAAGGAGUAGAAUUUUAUCAGCAUUACUUGGUGUAAGACUUAACAGAAAUGUGGAUAUUCACCAAAUGGAAUGAAUUGUCAAGUUAUUACUGCUUUGUCAGAAUAGAACAUAACAUAAAUUGUCUA